AACAGUCACUCCUAGCUUCUUCCGUUUGUCUCUCCUUCUUCCGCUCUCGCUCUCCCACUUCUCCCCUGCGUUCUCCAGUUGCUUGCUGCCACCUUCGUCCAUUUUUGGAGCUUUGUUGGUGCGUUUGCGUCGUCUCCGCCGUCGAGAUCAUGGUUAGAACAAGAGGUUUAGCUCGUGCCUUAGGUAGUGGUGCUGGCAGAGGCAUGGGUCGGGAUGAACAUGAUGUUGAUGUUUCCUAGCGUCGUAGGCCUAUCGCUUCUGCCCGUAGGCAUCGGGUUCAUGUUGAUGUCAUAGAGGAAGUUCCUCAGGUGACUAAGGAUGUUCCUCAUGUGGACGAGGACAUUUCGACUACGGACGUAGAUGCUGCGAAUGUAGCUGCUGAUGGUGCUAAGGGAUCACCUGCUGAGCAUGGCAAGGGAUUUCCUGGUGGGCCACGUGACACGUCAUUGCUAACAUCGUUUGCUGACCAUGUGGCAUAUAGUAUCUGGCGUGGCGAGGAACAACCUGAGUUGAAGCUGGUCUCCCCGGUAGGAAAGUUGAUAAAUUUGGGAGUCCAACGCUUGAGAUUGAAGGCCUUGUUGCCGGCACCGGAUUAAGUCCAUUGAUCGGGUGUUCUGUGGUCACCAGCGACCUUGGACUUAUAUCCGCAUUUGCAGAGAGGUGGCAUAGGGAGACCAACACCUUCCACCUUCUAGUGGGGGGAGUUGACGAUCACACUAGACGAUAUGGCAUGUCUCCUCCAUCUUCCUAUCACAGGGGCAUUACACAGGUUUGAGCCUCUGGGCGUGGACGAGGCGGUCUUGUUGUUGAUGGAGCUUCUAGAGGUAUCCAGAGAGGAGGCUCGAGCUAAGAUCGUACGUGCUCAUAGGGCUUACGUGCGACUGUCAUGGCUUCGUGAGGUGUAUCAGAGUAGAUGCCAAGCCCGAUGUUGGAUUGUAGCGGUGCGUGCUUACCUCUUCCACCUGGUGGAUUGUACUCUUUUUGCUAAUAAGAGUGCAACUCAUGUUCAUGUGGUGCAUCUGAAGGGUUUUUGAGACCUAUGUUAGUCUGGGGGCUAUGGUUGGGGAGUUGCCGCGCUGGUUCACAUGUAUGACCAGCUAAAGGAAGCUUUGCAGACCCCCACACGACAUAUGGGUGGGUAUUUGACGCUAUUACAGUGCUGGAUAUAUGAGUAUUUUCCCAGUGUUCAUCAGGGCGUCAUUGAUGAUGGGUACGCAAAGAUGACCCCACGUGCCUCCAGGUGGCUUACGAUGAAGGCGCACAUGAAGGGGAUCAAGGGAACACCAUACAGGGCACGUUUAGAUGCUCUGACGAUCACGAACUUUUCUUGGUUGCCCUACAAUGAGCACCGGGCAGUUAGGGGCUUCGAGCUUAUUUCAUGCUACCAGGGGCGGCUCAGAUGGGGUCAUGUUGUGGUCUAUGUCAUACCAGAGAGGGUGGUACAACAGUUCGGGUACAUCCAGACCAUCCCUCCACCGCCGGUUACUGGUUCGUUGUUGUAUGAGGACAUAGAUGACAGGUGGAUGCAUUUCGGGAAUCAUCUAGCACCCGCGGGUGAGAUUUGUGUUGUCCCCGGCCAGGUAUCAGCGGACUACAUGGAGCGGUUUUUCCAGAUAUCUCACCCUUUCAUCACGCCGACCCAAGAAGGUGAUGAGCCCAGACAUCCACUUGCCCCAGAUGUGGAUGCAUACGUCGAGCCACAUAUCCCAGAGGUUCCAGUCGCAGUUGAUCUCCCUAGACAUUCAGUGGUUGCUUGUGAAGGUUGCGAAGAGAUCACAGAAAGGUUGGAGCGUGUGUUCAACCUUAGGAUGGUCACUGCAGGAACAGAGUUACAUGAGAUCAUAGAAGAUUGCCUGCGGAUUGCUAGGGGUGACGCCUCUGAUGGAAGUCUUAGGGCGUGACGUAGACAGCGCAUAGAUUAGUUUUUGAUAUCAUGUGUAUUAUUUUUGUAUUUGAUAACAUUAUUGUAAUUGUUACAUUAUUUU